AAUCGUGAUUUUGUUUUUUACAACUUUAGUUACACCGUGAUUGUGAUUUAAUUUUCAAUAUGAUUCCAUUGAUUUUACUCGCUGAAGAGGAAGAUCAAAGGGAAGAGAAGAUGAAUCAACAACGCUAUCGUAGGUGUCUUCGGUUAAACAGAAGCGUGAUUGAACUCCCACGCAACAGUUUUAUACAAAAUUUCCGAGUUUCACAUGAUAUUUUCGUCGAAAUUCUUCGUGAAAUUGAAGGUGACCUUACUCCUGGUACAUCGAUUGGUAUAACAGCCGAACAAAAAUUAGCUGCAGCUCUACGGUUUUUCGCAACAGGUCACUUCCAACAAGGUGUUGGAAAAGAUUUCCACAUACCAAUGGCACAGUCGACGUUUUCUACUAUGUUGACCAAGGUUUUGAACAGUAUGGAACGGAAGCUAUGUUCAAAAUACAUCAUGUUGGAUAUGUCCGAAGCAGACGCAGAAGCAGCAAACCACUAUUUUAACGAGAAAUCUGGAAUCAGUGGCGUAGUUAUGUGUGCAGAUGGGACACACAUCAGAAUAAAGCGCCCAAAUACGAAUGAGCAUUUCUACUACAAUCGCAAAGGAGUUUCAAAUGCUUUGAUGAUAUGUGAUCACCAGCAAAGAAUAAGAUUUGUAAAUGCAAAAUAUGGUGGAGCCAAACACGAUGCGCAUGUAUGGAACCGGAGCCCUGCGCGUAGUUUUUUUGCGGCCAAGCAUCGCAACGGCAACACAGCCUUUAAGUUGCUAGGUGAUUCAGCAUAUCCAAGAGAAGACUGGUUACUCAUACCUGUCAGAGAUGCAAAUCCGAGCUCUGCAGAUGCUCAGUACAACGAACGACACACUGCAGGACGUAUUAUAAUUGAGCGAACGUUUGGAGUUUUAAAAAGCAGAUUUCGAUGUCUUGCCGGAACACGAGAGCUACAAUAUGCACCUUCCAAAUGUGUUAAAAUAAUAAAUGUAUGUUGUGCGCUUCACAACAUGUGCAUCGAACAUGGAAUAAAUUCAUAACAAAUCA